AUGUACGAUCAAGCGACGAGAAUUUCUUGUAAUGUGGUAGCAACGGGUGGUUUGGAACAGUUGAUGGCACAGUUCUGGGCUUGCGAGGAAAUAGAAUCGGCAGUGAUUUAUUCUCCGGAAGAGUUACGAUGCGAAGAGCACUAUGUGCGAACAGUGAAAAGAGGCACCGACGGUCGAUACACGGUAUCACUUCCUCAAAAUAAGAACGGGUUUGAAACGGUGGGCGAGUCAAGGGACAUCGCCAUGCGGCGAUUGCAAAGUAUUGAACGUAGACUUCUGAGGGAACCAGAGUUGCAUCAGGAAUACAACAAGCUUAUGCAGGAAUAUCGAGAAUUGGGACACAUGCAUAAGGUACACAUCAAUCCAGCCGACGAUAAAAAGAGGUGUUAUCUUCCGCAUCAUCCAGUGGUAAAACAAUCCAGCACAACCACCAAGGUACGCGUGGUUUUCGAUGCGUCGUGUCGAACAAGCACAGGAAGGUCGCUGAACGACGCAUUACUUUGUGGACCGGUCAUCCAAGACGAUCUCCGAUCACUUAUACUUCGCAGCAGAACGAGACAUAUUAUGUUGGUAGCCGACAUCGAAAAAAUGUUCCGGCAAAUCAAGGUUCAUCCAAACGACAUGCCGCUUCAAAGUAUUUUGUGGCGUAAUUCACCAGACGAGGAGGUGGAAACUUAUGAAUUGGCAACGGUUACGUAUGGGACCAAACCUGUCCCAUUUUUGGCUACCAGAACUCUAAAGCAACUAGUGACGGAUGAAAGAGAACGUUUUCCUCAAGCGGCAAUAUCGUUGAUGGAUGACGUUUACAUGGACGAUGUUUUAACUGGAGGUGCAGAUGUUUCGGAAGUUGGUGAACUUCGUAGACAACUUGAGCUGUGCGCAAUUAGUGGCGGGUUCUGCUUCAGAAAAUGGGCUUCAAAUUCUCCGGAGGUUCUCCUAGAUGUUUCCCCAGAAAAUUUGGCAUUGAAAGGAGAGAUUGGUGUUGAUCUAGAUCCAGAUCCUGCAGUUCGCACGCUAGGGUUGACGUGGUUACCAGGAAGGGAUUUUCUUAAAUUUCACUUCAACAUAGCGGAUUUGGAAGGCGUUGAAAAUUUAACCAAGCGGAAGGUGUUGUCGUUCAUCGCUGCUCUAUUCGAUCCUCUAGGCUUCAUCGGAGCUGUAGUGACGUCGGCAAAGAUAUUCAUGCAGAAGAUUUGGUGCCUCCAGGGUGCCGACGGUAAGAGCGUAGAUUGGGAUCAACCUUUGCCACACGAGAUGGCAGAAGACUGGCGUAAUUUCCACGAAAAACUGCCACUCCUGAAUAAGUUGACGAUUUCACGCUGUGUUAUCAUACCGAAUGCUACGGAAAUUCAGUUGCAUGUGUUCACAGAUGCCUCAGAACGCGCAUAUGGUGCCUGCGCGUAUUUUAGGAGCGUUGAUACAGACGGCAGAGUAAAGGUAUCGCUGCUUACAUCCAAAUCGAAAAUAGCCCCCUUGAAAACGCAGUCAAUCCCUCGAUUGGAACUUUGCGGAGCCUUGCACGGAGCACAGCUUUCAGAAAUGGUCAUCAAGGCAGUCAAAUUCAAUCCCAAGGUAUUCUUCUGGUCUGAUUCAUCGUGCGUGCUGCAAUGGCUGAAGGCAAUCCCCAGCACGCUUACGGUAUUCGUCGGGAACAGAGUUUCCAAGAUUCAACAAAUUACGGAGCAGCAUGUAUGGAAUCAUGUACCAGGAACCUGUAAUCCAGCGGAUCUCAUAUCGAGAGGUUUAUCACCCGGAGAUAUUCUGUACAACGAACUAUGCAAUCUCUACGGAAGCCAUCAUUCACAACUAUCAGCUCAAAUUAGACAGAGUGUGCUGGUGGGUGAGCGUGCCAAGUGGGACAGCACGAAGCUCCACCGGCUGGAUGCGGUCAAAUGA